AUGCGCGACGAGCCGAUCAGACCUCCAAACCUGGCACGCCUAGACGCGUACAAUAGGCAUUGUGCAUACUUGGGAUGCGACUGGAGGCUGGAUCAUAUUAUUGCACCGUCGCUUAAGCUGCAUCGCGACCGGCUCAGAUCGAGCACUCAAAUAUCCAUCUGCAACGGUCGGCGUCUAUUAGUACCCCGUCUAUUGCUUUUAAGGCAAGGGGAAGGGUAUUGUCAGUCUCGCCCCGGCUCUCUCGGGCGAGCCAGUAGUAUGUCCUUGGGCCCGACAUUCCCAACGCCUCACCUGCAGCCUGCAAUCCCUGCGGCAGGCGUACCUCACCUGCCCUCGACUUGCACAUUCCCUGUGCGAUUCUCACCAGCUCCUUCGUCGACACUGCCCACUCCUGUCUCAACCGCCCCCCUCCCUGCCAUGCCGCGACACUGGCGUAAUGACUACUCGAAUAACAUUCGGCCCGUGUUCCUGCGCUCUCCUCUUCGCGGCACCUUCAUCCUCUUUUGUCUGAUUGCAUACGGUCAACCGAAUCUGGCAACACAAUGGCGCAUCAUACACGACACUCGCGCGUUUCUAGAGGAAAAGAGCCGCCUGGCGAGGAACAUAGGGACUGUCAACAUCGUCGCCGCUUUAUUGCUUGCGACCACGGCAACUUUCGUCACGACGCAACCGCCGAGGACGGAUAUAUUCGACUACACCCAACUCGGCUCUGCGGCUCAGUUUGUGUUAUCGUCGUGUACGCAAGCACUCGUGCUCAAUACACUCAUGGGAACUAGAUUCCGUGUCUGGGUGAUCAUGUCAUCGCUCGUCUAUCCUUUCUUUGCUAUAGGAGCUGCGGCCAGCGCUAACAUUUUCGGUUUACUCUCAUCUGCGUGGACCUCUGAGGACAGCAUGGUCAAAGUUGCAAGUAGCUUCCUGUUUGCCGUGCCUAUACUACUUCUUGUACUCUUCCUUUCUAUAGUCAAGGAUUUCGACGAUGACGCAGACUCGGAAGGUGCUCAGACGAUGUGA